AUGAAUUCAGAAAGGAAGCCGAUUGAUCCAAGUGAUUUGAUAAAGAUCGAAUCUAUAGUGAAUAAGCUAAUCGAAGACAAGCUAGGUGUAUGUUCCCAGAAAGCGGCGCUUUCUGAAGCCAAGCGCAUCAAGGGUCUAAGAGAAGUAUUGGGGGAAGCCUCCUACGAUCCUGUUAAAGUGGUGGCAAUUGGGAGACAUGUGGAGGAACUCUUGGCUGAUCCUGAAAACAAUGAAUGGUCAUCACUUUCCACUGAAUUUUGUGGAGGAACCCACAUAGCAAACACUGGCGAAGCCGAAGCGUUUGUUAUUAUAUCGGAGGAGGGAGUGGCCAAAGGUAUUCGUAGGAUAACGGCUAUGACUGGUCAGUGUGCUCUUGAUGCGAUGAAUCUGGAAUUCUUGCUCGGACAAGAAGUAUAUGAUGCAUUUGAAGCAGAGGGGAGUGCACUGGAGGAAAAAAGUUAA